AUGCUGGGUAGUCGGUGGACCAGCCAUCUCCUGUUAUCCUCUUCGCCCCAUCUUCGGUCUCCAGUGCGACAUCUGAUGGACCUCCAUUCUGUAGUCUCCCACCUCAAAGCCUUGGCCCCUCCAGCCCUGGCCGAGAGCUGGGAUAAUGUGGGCCUAUUGGUGGAGCCCAGCCCUCCACAUCGGGUACAGAAACUAUUGCUGACCAAUGACCUGACGGAAGAGGUCCUGGAGGAAGCGGUAGGGAUGGGAGCCAACAUGGUCCUGUCCUAUCACCCUCCCAUUUUCAAGGCUCUGAAGCGUCUGACGGCCGGACACUGGAAGGAGCGCCUGGUGGUGAAAGCUUUGGAAAACCGUCUGGCCAUAUAUUCCCCACACACAGCCUGUGACGCGUUGAGUAAUGGUGUUAAUGACUGGCUGGGCAGGGCGCUGGGCCCAUGUGUGUCAGUGCCAAUCAGGGCCUGCACCUCCCUUUCUCACCCCGGUGGAUAUGACCACAUCUUGGAGUUUGGCCGUGAUGCCUCAGAGACCUUCUUGCCCAGGCUGCAAUCCCUGCAGGACGCCCGCGUGCGCACUUACCAGCUCUUGAACGAUACUGAAGGCAGUGUCCGCAUCCGCCUAAGCUGCUCCCAUGAUGCUUUGCGGCAGGCCCUGGCUAUUUUGUCAGAGAAGUCGAGUCUACGUGAUAGUGUAGAGCUCAUCGCACUGCAGAAGACCCCCCUACUGGACACAGGCAUGGGGCGUCUCUGUACUCUGUCUGAGCCUGUGUCCAUUUCUACAGCCGUGGAACGCGUCAAACAUCACUUGGGAUUGGCGCACGUCCGUCUGGCACUGGGAAAGAGGAAGACUCUAGAAUCCUCUGUUAGUGUGAUGGCCGUGUGUGCUGGAUCAGGAAGCAGCAUCCUCAGCGGAGUCCCUGCUGAUCUCUACCUGACAGGUGAAAUGUCCCAUCAUGAAGUGCUGGACGCGGUGGCGGAGGGUCGCAGUGUCAUCCUGUGCGAACACAGUAAUUCAGAGCGGGGGUAUCUACAGGAGCUGCAGGGGCAGAUUGCAGAGAGACUGGAGGGCAAGGUAGAGGUGGUGGUGUCCAAGAAAGACCGGGACCCCCUGCUGGUGGUGUGA